GCAAAUUGGAAGACUGGUUGUUAUCUGAUUCGUGAUUGCAGGGGGUAAAUUAUCAAUAAUUACUGGCGUGGUUGACUCUGGAUCUUUCCACUGGACAUCAGGUCCAGAUAUAUUGUGACAACCAUCCCAUCUUACGAUUUGAUAGGAAAUUGCAUUGCUUAUUGUUAGUGACCAUUUAUUGACUUGAAACCAUAUCGAAGAAAUAGCAUUCUCGGCGCAAUGACGGAUCAAUUCGCAUAUACAUACCCCUCACCGUUGGAGGGGUAUGAGAACCUCGAACCACUCCCGGAAGAGAGAAACGACGAUGGAAAGUCUUUCAGAAACCCGCAGCAUGGGGUGCUGAGCAAGGCGUAUGAGGAAUUUCCGGAUCCUUUAUCCAAGGGUCGACGGGGAGGGUUUGAUAUCCAUAUUUAUCAUUUUCAGAACAACCCCGACCAAGCAGCUUACGCAAGAGCCCUCUGGGAACGAAUCCGCCGGGAAUUCCCCGAACUUCGUAUCUACACCUUCUUCGACCGCCCCAUAGGCCCUCACCCUGUCGCCAUGUUCGAAGUGAACCUCUUCAGCCCCGCUCAAUUCGGCGCUUUCAUCCCAUGGCUGGUGAUCAAUCGUGGUCCGCUGAGUGCCCUGAUACAUCCGAAUACGGUGGACGCAGAGGAAGAGAGGAACCAUACUCAGAGGGCGACGUGGUUAGGAGAGAGGAUUCCGUUGGAUUUGAGGCUGUUUAAGCUGAUGAAAGAGAAGGAGAAGAGGGAGGAGGAGAGGGAGAGAGCGGCUGUUGCUGGUGGUGAGGGGAGGUUAUGAGCGUGCGUGAUAAGCAGCGUACAGGGACAGGGACAGGGGCAGCGGUAGUAUAGUAGAAUGGAUGGAAGUUGAUUGAUUAGAUAGUGAUACUAAGUGUCAAAUGCACGUGAAUACAAACUUGGUCAUGCCC